AUGGCUACUCUAGAUACUGGGAAAGAAGUGGAAAAUUUGAGCGUCAGUGAAAGCCAGAGGGCAUCGAUUUCAUCAAUUGAACCUAUACCGCCAAGUAACGAUGGUGAAGUCUCUGAAGAGAACAUUUCUCUCACCAAUACUGACAAUCAGUCUGGAGCGCUAGAUGCCACUCUUAACAAGUACCGGGAAGCCUGCCAGACUGGAGAUCUCGUAAUAGUGAAAAAAAUGGUAGAAUCAGGUGUAAUUGAUUUGAAGCAUGAUUACAGCGAUGAGGAUAGAGUCUCGGGGCUUCAUUGGGCGUGCAUCAACAAUAGACUUGGGGUUGUGAAAUACCUUAUAUCGAAUGGUGCCGACGUCAAUUUUGCGGGCGGAAAGUUAGACGCUACACCACUGCAUUGGGCUGCGAGGUACGGCUACGUUUACAUUGUACAUUACCUGCUAGAAAGAGGAGCAGAUCCCAAGUUAGUCGACCAGCAAGGUUUCAAUGUUUUACAUUUAUCCAUCAAUUCUUCUAAUGUGAUGCUUGUGCUCUACGCCCUGUUUUUCAUUGCCGGAGAUGAGUUGAGCAUUGACGCGCUUGAUCCAAACAAUAGAACUCCAUUGCUGUGGGCCGCAUACCAGGGAGAUUCAUUGUCUGUAAAAGCGUUGCUAGAAUUUAAGGCUAAUUCGUCCAUCGUGGACUCUGGAGGCUUUUCACCGCUGCAUUGGGCGACAGUAAAGGGCCAAAUUCAAGUCAUCAAGGCAUUGAUCGACGAUGGUGCUGAUGUCUUUCAAAAAACAAAUGACAAUAAAGACUGUUUCAUAAUAUCCAAGGAAAUGAACACCACCGAGAGCCUCUCCCUCGCCCUUUUGAAAAAUGGAUUGAAAGCCGACGGCACCCCGCUUGUAAAAUACUUCUCAAACCCCCAUUAUGCAAAGUUUGUUACUUUCAUGGCGCCGUUUGUGUUGCUGGGGGUGAUAUUCAAAUUGUUCGCCUCAAUAAACUUCCUGCUGGCACUUCUGCUAUCUCUGCUCAGCGGCUUUGCAGCAGCUAUAGGCCUGAAGAAAUUGGUUUUACCGUCCUUUAUUUCAAGCUCAGGUAGCGGGAGUUUCUUCAAAACGCCGUUCUGGGCUGGGAUAUUGCUGGGAAGUCUGCUUUGGGUGUUAUAUGUAUGGCUGGCCAGAGUCUUUAUUGCCACUUUUGAGGAGGAGCCAUUCAUCAACCUCGCAUUUUUGUUCUUCGCAACUGUGUGCAUCAUUUCCUUUUUCAAGUUGCUGUCGUCAAAUCCAGGCAAAAUAGUUAAAGAGGAAAAUCACGAUAAAAUCAAGGAGACCAUUCAAGAACUUCUUCGUGUUGGUAAGUUUGACGCGCGACACUUUUGCAUCGAGACUUACGUUAGAAAACCCUUGAGGUCAAAGUAUUCGAGAUUCAACAAUGCAUUGAUAACCCGCUUUGACCAUUUUUGCCCUUGGGUCUACAAUGAUAUUGGUUUGAGGAAUCACAAACUGUUCUUAUAUUUCCUCUCUUCUUUGAUAGUGGGUGCAAUUUGCUUUGCUAAAGCCUGUAUGGAAUACUUUGAUGUUUUGGAGGACGCUUCGAAUUCGGAUUUUAAAUGCAUGAUCCUUGACGAUGAGUUAUGUGCGGGGCUCCACAUCGAUCCCUUCGCAUUGUUCGUGAUGGCCUGGGCCUGCCUGCAAGUUCUUUGGGUUUCUUGUUUACUGACCACCCAGCUCUUCCAGACAAUCAAGGGCAUUACCAGUUAUGAACUUAAUGAAAAGUCGCGCGAACGACAUGGUCAGAACGAGCCAAGUGAAUUCUUUAUGACUACUCCAACUGAUCUUAUGGACAGAGACGAGCUGAGUGCUUUGAAUCAAGGCACUGUGAAUUCGAACGACAGAAGGCUGAUGAAACCACGCACAUGUUUCAGUACGCUUUGUGGGCUCACUGGCCUAGACCAGCUUCCUGUGAUUUUGAGUGGUUUCUUUGGCUCGGCAAGAGGUCAGCAGGACUCCAUUCAGACCAGAGUGGGAACAGGUAGAUUCGCUACGAAUAAUGGCUGGAAGACUAACUUGAAAGAUUUCUGGCUUCUUAGCGACCAAACAGCGCCCCUCUGGCAAAGACUACUGUACUCUCCACAAGGUUUUAAGGCAUCUUACAACAAUAAAGAAGUCGAUUACCGAACGUUGUACACGUUGCCAGAGACAACACUACCACAAGAAGACAUGGUUUAA